CCAUCCAUCAGCUGUGCGGAAAUAUCGCGAUGCUUCCCGCUGCUCUCGAGCCUCUCAGCGCGCGGAGGACGCAGCUGCAGCCGCUGCUGCCUGCUUUGGUGCUGCAGUCCUGGCGCGCGCGCGCUCCUGUGUGCGUUCAUGAGUGUGUAUGAGAGAGUGUGUCCAGGCUGCCUCCACGCGCACUGCUCUUCUCCUUCCCUUCUGGACCCCGAGGAUGGAGAAGGAAGCGCCGGCAUAGAAGAGCUCCAGUUCAUCUCUGUUGGAGGGACCCUUCGGGGGGGGCUUCGGAUCCUUUCACCCCCGCUCCGCUCAGAAGCACCUGGGGAGGCACCCCGAACGUUCGGCAUGGCUGCGAAAGAGAGGCUCAAGAGCAAGAUGAGCAAAGACAGCGUCACCCUGCUGCCCUGCUUCUAUUUUGUGGAGCUCCCGAUCCUGGCCUCCUCAGUGGUCAGCCUUUACUUCCUGGAGCUGACGGACAUCUUUAAGCCUGUGCAUUCAGGCUACAGCUGCAAUGACCGGAGCCUGAGCAUGCCCUACAUCGAGCCAAACAAGGAGGUCAUUCCUUUCCUCAUGCUCUUCAGCCUUGCUUUUGUUGGACCAGCAGCUACGAUUAUGAUCGGGGAGGGGAUCCUGUACUGCUGUGUGGCCAGAAGAAACCUCGCCAUCAAAACUGAGGCCAACAUAAAUGCUGCCGGCUGCAAUUUUAACUCCUACAUCCGCCGGGCUGUAAGGUUUGUGGGGGUCCACAUAUUUGGCCUGUGUGUCACGGCCCUCAUCACAGACAUCAUCCAGCUGUCCACUGGCUACCAUGCCCCGUACUUCCUGACCGUGUGCAAGCCCAACUACACCUCCCUCAACACCACCUGUGACGAAAACGCUUUCAUCAUCGAAGACAUCUGCUCAGGGUCUGACCCUGUAGCCAUCAACGCGGGCAGGAAGUCUUUUCCAUCUCAGCACGCCACCCUGGCUGCCUUCGCCGCGGUGUACAUCUCUAUGUAUUUCAACGCCACACUGACUGACUCCUCCAAGCUGCUUAAACCCCUGCUGGUCUUCUCCUUUAUCAUGUGCGGCGUCAUCUGUGGCCUGACCCGCAUUAUCCAGUUCAAAAACCACGCCAUCGACGUCUACUGCGGAUUUCUCAUCGGGGGAGGAAUCGCUAUCUACCUGGGUCUAUACGCGGUGGGGAAUUUUAAACCCAGUGAAGACACGUCUCUCCGCCAGCAUCAUCACCAUCACCCCCUCCCUCACCUGCGCCCCCCGCAGCCUCACCAGCCUCAGCCUCCACCCAUGCAGCUCCCUGCCCAACCGCAGCCUGUCCUGCCCCCUCCAGCCCUCCGGGAACCCCUGCGGCAACUGCCUAACCUCACCACAGACCAUCCACGCUUCCUGCAGCCCAAAAGCCUGAGUGUGAGGGAGCGGCCCACGUCAGCCCGCUCCGAGAGCAUCUUGCUGCGCGGGCCGCAGCGACACAGUGAUUCCCUUACCAGCCUGAAGAGGGCCAGCACCGAGGUGGAGUGUAUAACACCCCCCAGCCCGAUCUGCAAGGAAAGCCUGGUGACCUUCAGCAACACUCUGCCCCGCGUCCACUCAACACCCUUCCCCAUAGCUGUUGAGGAGCCUGUCCCCCGGCGGCACGCCUCCAUCCAUGCCUCCAUGGACUCCACACGCUCCAAGCAGCUGCUCUCACAGUGGAAGAGCAAGAAUGAGAAUCGCAAGCUCUCUCUGCAGGCCAUGGAGGUGGAGGUAGAUCCGAGCCGUUCACCUCAGCGCUCCAUGGAGCUCCGCUGCAGCUCUGAGCCAGCCGCCAUGGGCAUGGACAUUGGCCCCCCAGCCAGCCAGUACAUGAAGCUGGCUGCUAGCUCUGUGCCACUGGCCAAUCACAACCAUAACGGAGUUGGAGGGUUAGUGGGCGGAGCCAGAGUGUCCAUCCAGUCACGGCCGGGCUCCUCUCAGCUGGUGCACAUCCCAGAGGAGACACAAGAAAAUGCCUGCUCUUCUCUGCAAGAGGAUAGCGGAGAGGCUAGCGAUGGUGGAGGAGGUGGACGAAAUUUGGCCCGAUCGAAAUGGAUGAAAGUGGCAGAAAAGAGCACCGUCUGCAGGACUAACAGCCAGCCGCGCAUUAUGCAGGUGAUUGCAAUGUCCAAGCAGCAGGGAAUGCUGCACGGAAGCCCAAAAAGUGAAAGCAGCGCACUUAGCUGCACCGGAUCCAUUCGCUACAAGGCACUGAUGGACCAGGAGCUCAAUGCAGGCGUUGUGCAUGUGGAAGCACACCCAGAAGACAAACCUAUUGUAAAGCUGGACAGUGGAGGCUCCUGGAGGUGGAAGCCACCCCAAGAGCGAGGCAGCAUGCGCCAGUCCUUCGAGCUUAACGACCUCAACCGGGACUCAGAAAGCUGCGACUCCCUCAAAGACGGCUACGGCUCAAUCGACGGCCAACGCAGCCUGCCAGACAUGAGCAACCCCCCUCCUCAUCAUCAUCCUCACUUCCACCACCACCACCAUCCCCCCCACCCUCACCAGCAGGGCAUCACCACCAUCCGAGUGACGCCUGUGGAGACGAGCAGUGAGGCCGCCUCCGAGACGCUGUCGAUCGCCUCAAGCCGAGAUUCCACCCUCCAGCGCCGCAAGAACGUCAACGUGGUCCUGUUACCAGACAGAGGCCCCAGCCCGGACAACACCAGGAACCUGCCGCACUUUUUCAAAUCCUCACCCACGCCCCCGCCUACUGUGACCUUCAAAGAGUGAGCUCAAGACUCUGCUUCUUUUCCCAUAUUUUCUGUUCCCAGAGUGGCCUUGCUCUAUUACUCACAGUUCUCUAUAGGGACAGAUGGGAGCUAAUACUGGAUAUCUCCAUUGCCCCCUAUUCUGACGGCCAGCUGGCUCCCUCUGACCCAUGUAAGGCAGCAUUGCGCAUUUUCCCUGUUUUUGCCAGACUGUGACAUUGAAAAAGCACAAAAACUCUUUUCGUCCCCGUGCCCCCGAGACUCCUUGGUCAUUGUGGUUUUGUGAUUUAACUUUUUCGACUGCAUCGUUCUUUCAGUUUUAUAAUCACACCUAUCACAUGAAGAGACUUUAGUGUCGACACUACCUAGACAGUGUUUUUUUUUUUUUUGUAAACUCUCAUUGUCCUUAAUGAACAUAUGUGUUGCCUCAGACAACAACAUGUGGGUGCUUUUGAGAACUAGUUUCCUAUCAUAUAUCAGUGUGAAAAUACCUAUAUAUAUUUUUUUCUAUGUAAAUAAUGGACCAUAUUAUUCAGCCUCAUUAUAAUAUAACAGCUGAUGAUUAAUAAUUAUCUUUACAGAAUUGCAAGUACUGGUAACACUUGACCACAGGGCAGUGUUCAUAAGGCUGCAUGACACCUACAUAACCAUGGCAUGACAACUGACUUAAGCCUACAUAAACACGCCUUUACAGUUACAUAAUCCUUUUGAAACAUACAUUAAAUACAUUCAUUAGCGAGUGCAUAAAUAAUGUAAUGGAUGGAUGGAUUGAUGGAUUGAUGCUUAGUGUGUACCUAAUGAUAUGAUCAUGAUUUUAAAAAUGGAGAGUUCCGGUCCUAAAAUCUGAUUGGCUGAGCUGCAUUCAAAGCCGUGGUAAAAUACACAGUAUACACACACCUAUGACCACCUCACAGUAACUGGACUCUGUAUUACUGUGCCACGUCAGAAAAAAUCCUUGUGCUGUUAACAGAUUAGUCUUUUACGCUAAUGCUGCUUGCAUGACCACCAAGUGUGUUGAUGAAGAACCCGUUUUUUGUUUGAACUGAGGGGCUGACUGCUAGGCUUGAAUUAAAGCACUUACAGUAUGAUUCGCUGUAAAACGGCGGAAAACAAAGUCAAUUUCUCAUUUGAAUGACUUGCACGCCUCUGUCAAAUGGCUCCACACUCCCUAAAUUGUGUACUAGCUAAGUUUAGAAAAUCUAGCCUCUACAGCCAAAUAGUGCAUCACUUGUCAAGUAUGGAUGAUGUUGAAUCCCAGAUGACAUUUACUUAGCUAUAUUAUGCAUUGUUGGGCUGCAGGAUCCAGUAUUUAAAUUUCUAUAUAGUGCACUAUGUAGGGAGCAGGGAGCAAUUUGGGACUCAGCCCAGUGUUAGAAGAGACCACCACAGGAUUGCCCAAAAAGUACUUAUAAAUCGAAGAUUUUUGCACUGAACAGUGAUGUGUUAUCAUACGUUAAAAAGGUAAUGACAUGACUGUAAUACAGCAAUGGGCGACCACAUUUUUUCCACCUUCAGCAUGGAUGCUUGGCAAUGAUAACAUACUCUAGGAACUAUGGCUUCUUGGAGGACUACUUGUUUAUGUUGAUUAUUAUUAAUAAUAGCUUAAAUUAUUUUCAGAAAAAUUGUGUACUUUAUCAGAUUUUAUAUUGGCCUCCACUUUCCAUCGUGCCUAAGAACACCCUUACUUGGGCUAAAAUUGCUGUAACACACUGUCUCUCAUGGCUUAUUGUAGAGCUGGGCAAUAAAAAUGUUAUAACCAAAAUUGAUAUAAUUAGAUAUCGAUACACAUAGUGAUAAAUGUCAAAUCAUUGUUUCUUUCAAGUUUGAAGGCUGAUUUUUGCUGUUUUAAACUAUCCUUUAUGGUUGGAACGUGAGAAACACUCACCAAAUAGUGGAACAUUUCACAAAUUCUCUAUGCUAUUGUAGCAGUUUGAGAGGUGAACUGCAAUAUCUCUGAUGCUCGCUGUGUAAAUGCAUUAACUGCAGUAUGAAUCUCUCACACCAGACAGAGUCCUCCUUUUACUGAGAUUUAAACUGAAAUCUGAUUUUGUGUCUUGUAACAUCAAUUCGCCGUGUUGUGUAAGUGACGGCAUGCUGCUUCAAGUAGGCCAGCUGCUAAAAACAGCUAGCCAGGAAAGAUGGCGCUCUCCCGCUCUCCAAUGCCUCACAGCUUCCUCAGUUUACUGUCGUUUAAAUCAGGGCUGUAACUGCAUGAACCCACUUCUUUCACUUUCGUUGCUCGGUAAUGCACUAAUACUAAAAUAUGACUGAGUGCUGUAGCACACAGCGCUGUUGUUGUGAGGAGCAGACAUGAUUUGAUGCUGCUAAAGCUUCUUAGGAUGUACGGAAAGAGGUGUGUUCACUGUAGGACAGUUACACCACUGGUCUCGUCACUCAUACUCGAUCACAGGAGAACAGAUCUCCGAUUACUGCACUCAAACAGGGAAUGUAUAACUCCACGAAGUAUAUCCCUCUCUAUUCAUGUCGAAAAACUCUGAAGUGCACCCUCUCCUGGCGACAGCAGAGUAGUGUUGCUUUCCUUGCAGUAGCGUUGCUAGAGCGUAGAGGUGUGAGUGGUCUUUUAUCUCAAAAAUUCGCUGCACGUUUCUUAUAGUUCUAUCGAGGGAAGUUAUAUCGCGAUAAUUAUCGUUACUGUUUAUUGCCCAGCCCUAGCUUAUUGCUGUGAUAUAUUUCCAGGGAACAAAUUUGUCAAAUGCAUGAUGUCUUAAAAAAAUACCCAUAUUAAGAAAUAUCCAUAAUGAAAAUAUCACGAGGUAUACGCCUAACAUCACUGACUGUGUUUUCAAUUCAUUACAUUAUAUGCUCAUUACUCAUUAACAAAUGUAUAUAACAAAUGUUUCAAAAAGAUUAUGUAACUAUAAUGCAGUCAUACUGCAUAAACAGCGGUUUAUGAAUAUGAAUCUGUCGUGGAGGCUGAUUUUCUUUGUUUUCACAUUGUUUUCAAGCUCACAUAGCAAGUGCAACUUUUAUGACAAAUAGCAUUUCUUGGAGUAAGUCUUUACAUAUGUUCAUGUAGGUCUAUGCAGGGCUGUUUCUAGCCGUUUGGAGGGCCUAAACAGGAUUUUUGGGUGGGCCUCCAGCUUGUUAGCUGAUGACUACAGUCAGUUAAUCCCUUAAAUAGCCAGAGCCCAGCCUUUUAUUACACACUUUUAUAACCUAAGAAUAGCCCAGCCAGUUUGCACUGAAGUCCCUGUAGCUACUUAAUAAUAAUAUGUAUUAUAAUACUUAGUAUGUAACCAGCCUGGCAUCUAAAGGAGUUAAGGGCUUACUAACAAAAAUACCAACCACAACCUGUCUAAUCUAAUUGAUGUACAUAUAUAACUUGCUAAUUUGCAUAUUGCUGAUGAUUGGAGGCUUGUUUUGGGUUAUAAGAAGUUUAAAUAACAGAUAGCUAUCUCAGCAUUCAUGAUCCAGGAUCCAUGAUCCUGACCUGUCACACCAAUCUUACUUUGGUGGCAGCAUUGCUUUUCAGUUAUAAAUGCACUGUUUUCUGUAUUUGGAAGGUCUUUUACCUUUGUUAGUGAUUCCUCCUUAUGUCAUACACCAAUCAGGCAUUAUGACCACCUCCUCAUUUCUACGCUUAUUAUCCAUUUUAUCAGAUCCACUUACUCUAUAGGUGCACUUUGUAGUUCUACAGUUACAGACUGUAGUCCAUCUGUUUCUCUGAAACAAAUAAGCAUAAUGGUGCAGUGAUAACACAGAAGUGGGUAGGGGGCUUCUUGAAGGCCACGCCACCCUAAGCAGCUGCUUAUGUCGCUUAUUAGGUAGACUCGCACUGGGUCUACAUUGCUUGUCAUGAAUGCUUAUUUAGGUGUCAUGAAGCCUUUUGAACUCUGCCCUGCAGUGAAGUGUUACCCAUAUACUUCAGACCCGUUGCUUUUCGAACAGUAGGGAACGUAACUAGAUGUUUACAGAGGGUCAGCUUAUAUAGUGGAUUUACCAAAUGAUAUGGCACAGAGAGGGGUGCUUAUUUUAGUACCCCAUACACACUGUAUGAGGUGACAAAUGAAAUAAAUGAGUUAUAGUUAUUUAGCUAGUAGAAAGUGCUCUUUGAUGGCUUUGAGACAAUGAAUUUAUAGAAAAGAUUUUGCCUUAAGCUGGGCGUCAAAACGCAAAAGAAGAUUCAGACACGCUUCACAUUACCUGCCUUUUAAACAGUAAACAGUAGAUUCACACACUGUACCAUCAUUCAUUUUAUUCAUCUUAUCUCUGUGCUGUGAAAAAUUAUUUGCCCCUUCCCAAUUUCUUCUAUUCUUUGCAUGCUUGUCACACUUGAAUGUUUCCGAUCAUCAUACUACUUUUAAUAUUAGACAAUGAGUACAUUUAGAUGCACUCAAUAAUCUGAUCAUAAUUGGAUUUCUGCAGUUAUCUGAUUAUUCAAGUGGUCAUGUGACCAUCACACUCUGAUAUCUUAAAUCAGAGUAUGGUCUAGAAAUUAAGAUUAAGAAAGAGCUGGAUUUUAGCUCAGUAAUCAGAUUUCUCAGUGCUGUAAACUCUGACUCUGAUUUCUUUCGGAUUUAUGUGAAAAAAGACAGCGGUGCUGGAAAUAAGCAAGCACUGUUGCAGCAUGAUGGCAGCAAAACACUUUUGGAGCGACACUGAAACCAAAUACAUGCUUGACAAAGUGUAGAAUUAAAUGUAUGUUCAUAUUUUCAGGUAAAACGUGUU